AGAUCACCACCAUUUCGAGCGAAGUAUUGGAAUUAAGGGAACAACUUGCCUCAUUGCAGGCAUUACUCAACAAGUCCGUUGCAUUCGAUGUUGUCGUUAGUCCUAAACGAACGAAGGGUUUCAAGUGGACCGUGAAUAUCGAACACGCGACCCUCGAUGGCCUCAAAGAGCAUAUACACCUUCGUGAAAUGCUCCAGCUGUUCGUAUCAAAGAAUAAUCUCAAGUUUACCGUGUUCAUAGAAACACCUUCGAAAGCUUUUUCGGAGGAUCCAUCAAUGGCGGUGUUCCCAACUUUUUCUUGCGGUAACGUUAAGCCAUCCCAGGAAUCGUUGGCAGGACUUAUGGCAGAAUUAAAGUCCCGCCUCGACAAUACCCCCAUCAAUUUACUUUCAAUCGAAGCCACGAAAUCAAUAUACGUCUAUUCCAAAAACGGAGGUCAAAAAAAGAUGAUUUUGUUAAAGGGAGUCGCACAGUGCGCGGUCCAGCUCGAGUCCUCCUUAUCGAAUCGCAAGCGCAAGGCUGAUGAAAUAGAAGAGGAUCAGAUGCUUGGAAGAGUUUUUGGGAUAGCUACUGAUGCCGAAAAAUUUUAUUUCAUGGAAUGCACGUUAGAUGACCAAGAUAGGCCAAGCUUUAAGCCAUCGGAGCCAGUGGUCGUUGUAAAUAACAAUGAGAAUAUGAAAACUAUGGUUUAG